UCCCUAUCUAGCGUGCAAUUCAGGUAUCUACGGGAUCAAUCAGGUUGUUAGUUGUUUUAGUGUUAUUUUACCUUAUUUUGUAGUAUUCUCCCCCUGAACGGUUUCGACCUUCUUUUCGUCAGUACUAGUAAUCAACAACAAUUCGAGCAGUACGCGUUCCGUUCGCUUUGCGCUGUCACGGUGUCACCAUGGGUUUUCUACGUAGUCAACUCAUUGAAUCGUGGAAGCUGCCUUAUCCCAGCGCCAACUAUGCCGGCCAGACCAUCGUGAUCACCGGUAGCAAUACCGGCCUGGGGAAGGAAGCGGCGCGCCAUUAUGCACGCCAAGGUGCGAGUAAGCUGAUCCUCGCGGUCCGCAGCGUCGACAAAGGCGAAGAUGCCAAGCAGGACAUACAAACGACCGCGGCGAAAGGGGUCUCGAUCGAAGUAUGGAAGGUCGACAUGGCGAGCUAUGCCAGCGUGAAAGCUUUUGCUGCUCGUGUCGAGGCCGAACUGGACCGGGUCGACAUCUUCCAUGCCAACGCUGGCCUCGUUCGUGCCGAGUUCGCCAUCGCUGAGGAUAACGAGACCAACAUCACGGUCAACUACAUCUCGACCUUUCUACUAGUGGCGCUUGUCCUGCCCAAGCUCAAGGCCACCGCUGAACAGUUCAAGGUACGCCCAAACCUGGUGAUCACGAGCUCUGGAGCGCACAGGCACACCACGUUUCCCCAGAUGAAGGAGGCCAACAUCCUCGCCGCGCUCAACGACAUGAACUACGCCGGCGGUAAAUACUGGAUCCAGCAGUACCCAAUCUCCAAGCUGCUGGGCAUCUUUGCCGUCCGCAGCAUCGCCAAAGAGCAUCCUGCAGACACGUAUCCGGUCACAAUCAACCUCCCCAGCCCCGGACUUUGCCAUUCGAACCUGUCUCGCGAAGCUAAGGGCAUGCAGCAUGUGGCCUUUACGAUUAUGAAGACGCUGCUGGCGAGGCCGACGGAGAAGGGGAGCAGGACCUUGGUCGACGCCGGUGUGCAGGGCCCAGAGUCACAUGGACACUACCUGGAGGACUGCAGCAUCGCCCAACCAUCGGAAGUCGUGACGCAGAAUCCGGAUGUGCAGGACCGUCUUUGGAUCGAAUUGAAGGCGAAGCUGGAGGCUAUUCAGCCUGGUGUGACAGCUAACUUUUAGGCUGGCAACACGUGGUGUCAUGGGGACACAUGCUACGGGACUUUGGUUUCCUUCAAUCUCAGGGGUUGGUUUGUCUUGAGUCUUGAUUGUACCUGGA